AUGUGUGAAACCUCACUCCUGUACAGUGCCCCCAGCCUCUCCCCACAGGGAAAGGUCUGGCCACCAGGUCUCCUGAGGUCAAGGCUCCAGAAACCAGGGCAGCUUGGGCUGCAAGGACAAUGUGGAUCUGGAGAGCUUAUGUUUUCACUCUGUUAUCUUCCAACGGCUGGCAGGCUGACCAUCACCAUUAUAAAAGCAAGGAAUUUAAAGGCAAUGGACAUAACAGGAGCAUCAGAUCCCUACGUGAAAGUGUCACUGAUGUGUGAUGGCCGGCGACUGAAGAAAAGGAAAACAUCCACCAAGAGAAACACGCUUAAUCCUGUUUACAAUGAAGCCAUAGUCUUUGAUGUCCCUCCUGAAAGCAUCGACCAGAUUCACUUGUCCAUAGCUGUCAUGGAUUAUGACCGUGUAGGUCACAAUGAAGUCAUUGGCGUGUGUCAAGUAGGCAACGAGGCUGAACGGCUAGGCAGAGACCACUGGAGUGAGAUGCUAUCAUAUCCUCGGAAGCCCAUUGCACACUGGCACUCUCUGAUGGAG